CACACACACACACACACACACACACACACACACACACACACACACAUCGUCUUUGUUGUCUGAAGAGCAGUGGGAGUUUAAAAGAGAAGCCAGGAUCUCUGAGGGGACAGAAGUGUGCAUUUAUUUUCAUCAGCUGCACCUCCUCCUCUCCGGUGAGCUCUGUCGUCGUGUCUUCUUGCUCUCGUCACAAACACGCAAUUGGUCAGCAGAGGGGGGCUGGGGGUGGGGGUCCAGGGUCCCUGCAGGGUCUGAAGGGAUAAAAGCAGCCGUGAGCGCGGAGCAGACUUCAGACUUCCUCUGCAGGUGCAGGCUGCAGACGCAGAGCGGGUGAUGGAGCGCACCUUCCGGCAGCAGCUCUUCCUCCUGCUGCUCUGUGUGUCCGUCCUCAGAGCAGAGCUCAGACAUGUGGAGAGCAACGAAAUCUCAAAAGAUGAGUUAUUUUCACUUUUCAACCCGGAGCUGAGGAGAGAAACACCUGAUGUGUUCAGGUACCGCCGACCUCUGCGGUGUCUGGACAUGGUGGCAGUGGAGGGUCAGUUCACCUUCACAGCAGAGUCUCUGCAGCUCAGCUGUGCUGCUUUCUUCAUGGCAGAGCCCAGUGAGGUGAUCGGGGUGGAGUUUGACCGAGUCGACAUUGACUGCAGUGUGGGGGACUUUGUCACGGUGUUUGAUGGGUGGGUGAUGAAGGGUGAAAAGUUCCCCAGCUCCCAGGACCACCCGCUGCCUCUGCAUGAGCGUUACGUGGAUUACUGCGACUCGGGCUCAGAGAGGAAAAGCGUGCGCUCUUCUCAGAACGUGGCCAUGGUUUUCUUCCGCAUUCACACCCCUGGCAGCAGCUUCACCCUGACGGUCAGGAAACACGUCAACCCUGUCCCCUGCAACGUCCUGUCGCAGUCAGCAGAGGGCAGUUACACCAUGGUGAGCCCACAGCAGCACAGGAACUGCAGCUUCUCCAUCGUUUAUCCUGUCGCCAUCGACAUCUCAGAGUUCAGCCUGGGCCACCGCAACAACUUCCCCAAG